UAAAUAGAACAAAGAAUGAAAUUGAGAAUGAGAAGAGUAAGAGUCGACAACGACAGCCCAGAGGGAAGCUGUAUGAAUAUUUUGGGCUGGAUUCCGUAGAAGUUCGCUAGAGGUAGAGGAGCGUGGUGUUCCUACUCCGUGGCCCAGUCUUUCACUUGUAGUCCCUUACAUAUCCCACACCGAGCGUUCAAGCAAUGCUUGCAGUCUGUAUAUACGGAAGACUCUCAUCCAGGGUUGUCCCUUCGGGGACAUCCGAUAAAAUUGGAACGAUACAGAGAAGAUUAGCAUGGCCCCUGCGCAAGGAUGACACGCACAAAUCGAGAAAUGGUCCAAAUUUUUUUGCCACUUCGAUCCAAGAUUUUCUGCGGCCAUUUCCGCUUCGAUUGGUUUCCAGGUUAUGGUUUUCACCUUCUCAACUUUUGGUUUCUGCUUCCAUUUCCACUUCGAUUGGUUUCCAGGUUAUGGUUUUCACAUUCUGAACUUUUGGUUGCUGCGUUUUCAGGCAUGCCUCAACUCUAUUACUUUUUUGUAUUACUACUCUUUGAUAUAAUUGUGUGGUAUUACUUUUUUGGACAAUUGAUUGAUGAAAUACUGUGUUGUUCUUACUGCUUCAGAUUGAAAAUCUAACUCCAUAUUAAAAUCUUUUAAUAAUGGUACAUUGUUAGCUGAAUCUAGGGUUUUGUGCUCCAAAGGUUGCUACUUUUUUGGAUAAUCAUGUCAUCCUUAAUUCCUUAUGCUGCUGAACCGGAAAUUUUCCUCUUCUGAUCAUUGCAGCGUGGUGAAAUAGAGAAAGAAGCAUUCUCUCUUGAUAUGAGUAGGGGCACUCACACUCAUAUUUAUUUUAGCAUCACAUAUGCUAUUGACAUUUAGAUUUAUCUGUGGGAAGUCAGUUAGAAGCUUGUUUAUAAUCAUAUAUGCAUAAUUUUGUUGUUGUUGUCUUUUACUAAUUACUUGCUUCAACUGUCUGGUCAGACCGUAUCAUCACGUUCAGUUGGAAUGUUACUGGACUGAUGGCUUAACAGCCAUGAUUGAUUGACUAUAGACCUUUGUUCUUGCUGCUUCACAUUUGGGAGAUGCUAUACUUCUCAAAUGCUCUUGGCCUUAUGGUUUGACUCGUUAGGGGAUUUCAGAGAGAAGCCGGGAGGUGCAUACAUUUUAACUUCAAUGACAUAAUAUCCCUAUUUGUCAGUCUUGGACCAGAUAUAUGACUUUUUGCUGAUUACUUAGAGCAUGCGAUGCCAUUCUAAUGUGGUUCUAUAACUUCAGUUUAUUGCCACCCACCUAAAUCUGGGAUCAUUUUUUAAAAAUAAAUGUCCCCCUCCCUCCCCUGCAAAAUCCCGGAACCCCUGAACCAAACAAACCCUAAGGGCUCUUAGAUUCUCAAAAUUUUGUCACUGUUGUCCAUAGCGGUUCUGUUGUUCGCAUGACUUCUGCAUUUAUUAUUACUGAAAACUCAAGGCCCCUCUCGGGGUUGUUGCCAGUUUUGAAUUUUCUGUCUAAACUACAACUCAACCAAUUGUUUUUCCAAUGGAACCCCAUUUAUGCCUAUUGUGCAUUGGAGGUGUUGUUUAACACUUGAGCUGUGGUUUUGAUCCCAACAGUUACUAGUGAUUUUUCAGACCAAGCCAUUUUUUUCUUCACACGAAGAACUAAUAACAUGAAUCACCAAAUUUAGCAUGUGCAGCAAUUUACCAGUAUGGCCUAAUCUCAUGCAUCAUUGAGCACAAUGUCUACCCUUCUUCAGUUAUUCUGCAGGCUUUCGCUCUUAUGUUACGCAGUUUGGUUACCCCCCCCCCCCCCUGCUGUAUCAACUGUUGGAUUAUGUUUGUUUGGAUGCCAACCUGUUCAGCCUUUUUUGGAUUGGAAGAAGCACUACAAUUAGCUGAAUCGGGAAAGAAGGGAAGAAAGAAACAACUCAUAGAAACAUGUGUGUACUUUGGUAGAUGUGAAUAGCAGCUAAUAUGCCAUUCACUUUACUUCUCUGUUAUCUAUUCAUGUCGUGGAGUCGUGGGAAGUCUUUCUGUGCUUAAACACAGUUACACCACACUGGCAAAUUUUGAUUGCCUCCAGUUAGUGUUGGAAAUUCAGCAUUAUAUAUGUAAAGCUAAAAGCUCCCUCCUUUUUUUUUAAGCUCCCUCCUCCUAAUGGACUCAAUAUGAAUGGCUCAAGACUUAACCCUUCAAGGUAUUGCUUAUAAAAUUCAGCUAGUUCUAAACCUUACCAGCAGUCAAAAAUUCAUGUUAUGUUGCACAAGCAAAGUCGAAAGAAGUUAUAGAUUGACAUAUUAUAGUAGCCUACAACUGACCUGCUUUGGUUGAAAAGUUGCACUGGUAUGACUCGUGAACAAUUAUUUUCUUUAGUGAUAAAGAUCUCAACACUUUUGUGUUGUUCCAGAUAAGAGUAAAUAUCUCCACAGCCCUCGAUAU